AUGUUUCUCCUAAUCUCUUCCAUAGCUCUCACUCUUUUUAUGCUAAUCAAAUGGUAUUCCAAUUCUACAAAAAUCAAAAACUCACCACCUUCUCCUCCAAGAUUACCUAUCAUAGGAAAUCUCCAUCAACUUGGCUUAUUCCCUCACCGUACGUUUCAAUCUCUAGCUAGAAAAUAUGGACCUUUAAUUCAAAUUCAUCUUGGUUACAUAAAAGUUCUUGUUAUCUCAUCAGCUGAAGAAGCACGUGGGAUAUUGAAAACCCAUGAUCACGUCUUUGCAAACAGACCCCAAAAGAAAAACUAUAAGAUACUUUUAUAUGAUUGCAAAGAUGUUUCCACGGCUGCAUAUGGUGAGUAUUGGAGACAGAUAAGGAGUAUAUCUGUUUUACAUCUUCUUAGUGCGAAAAGGGUUCAAUCUCUUCGUGCUGUGAGAGAGGAAGAAGUUGGAUUUAUGGCGGAGAAAAUAAAGCAGUGUGCUUCUGCUUCAGUGCCAGUGGAUAUAAGUGAAUUAGUCUCCACAACUAUAAAUGACAUAGUUUGUAGGGUUGCUUUAGGGAGAAAGUAUAGUGGUGAAAGUGGGAAGGGGUUUAAGAAAUUGUUGAUGGAGUUUACUGAGUUACUAGGUUCUUUUAAUGUUGGUGACUAUGUUCCUUGGCUUGAUUGGUUGACACACGUUUCUGGAUUUUAUGCAAGAGCGAGAAGAGUUGCGAAACAGUUUGAUGAUCUUUUGGAGGAAGUUCUUGAAGAUCAUAUCAAUAAACAGAAAGGAGAGAGUGGUUUUUCAAGUGCUGAAGACCAUGGUGACUUUGUUGAUGUUUUGCUUUGGAUUCAAAGGACGGAAUCAUUUGGUUUUCCUAUUGACAGAAUUGUCAUAAAGGCUCAACUAUUGGACAUGUUUAUUGCAGGAACAGACACAAUAUCCACUUUGCUAGAAUGGGAAAUGACACAACUCAUAAGACAUCCAAACAUCAUGAAGAAAUUGCAAGAAGAAGCAAAAACAGUGGCUAACGGUAAAACACACAUAACAGAAGACGAUUUACCCAACAUGAAAUACUUAAAGGCAGUGGUUAAAGAAACCCUACGGCUCCACCCUCCGUUUCCAUUACUCGUCCCACGAAAAAGCAAAGAAGCUGUCAAACUAAACGGUUACCACAUUGAAGCAGGCACGCAUGUUAUCAUCAACAACUGGGCCAUUUCAAGAGAUCCUACAAACUGGGAACAGCCUGAAGAGUUCAAGCCUGAGAGAUUCUUGAAAAGUUCGGUAGAUGUUAAAGGAAAUGAUUUCCAGUUGAUGCCGUUUGGAUCUGGGAGAAGGGGUUGUCCUGGGAUAACUUAUGCUACUGCUGCAAAUGAACUUGUGUUGGCGAAUCUUGUGCAUCAGUUUAACUGGGAAGUGCCUGGUGGUGUUGAAAAAAUUGACAUGUCUCAGACAAGAGGGUUUAUUGCGCAUAGAAGUGUUCCACUUAUGGCAUUUGCAGUUCCUAAAGAGAAGCAAGUGAGGGAGUAG